GCUCAAGCGAGGCUACUUGGAAGUUUACUUACAGGUCUAGCUUUGGUCUGGUUUGACCCAUUGCUAGAAAAACAAUCACCAUUACUUAAAGGCUUUGCAGAGUUAAUUAAUGAGUUCGAAGCCACUUUUGGUGAUUCUAACAAAUCUAGAACUAUCACUAAUGAAAUUUGA